UAUUCAUUAUUCAUGACCAGAUCGUUGACUUUGGUCGCCUCUUUUGGCGUUGUGCUUAUGUUAUGGGCAGAGGGAUUAUAAUUUGGUGCUGUUUGUAGAAGUGAUAAUACUGAUAGAAUUCAAUCAUUGCUGGUCUCAGCACACUUGGAAAGUCCUGCGAGGACUCAGCUACAGAAAGUCCAGAGGCAGCAAGUAAAACCCUUCAUGACCCUUGACCACCAGAUUGUCAACCAGACUCUUAAACGGUCACACCCUCCAACCCCAAGCAGUGCACUUCUGGUACAGCAUGGACACCUGUCGCCCGAGAGUGACACUGGCUUCACUGGAAAUCCGCUCACAAAGUUGCUAAGUCUUAGGAAAGAAGAUGACAAUGCGGAAUGGCAUAUGGAGGACGUUAUUGAGGAUAUAAUCGGUAUGGAAUCAAGUUUUAAAGAGGAAGGAACAGACUCUCCUCUGCUAAUGCAAAGAACAUUAUCUGGAAGUAUUUUGGAUGUGUAUAGUGGUGAGCAGGGAAUUUCACCAGUUAAUAUGGGACUUACAAGUGCUUCCUGUCCAAGUAGUCUACCAAUGAAAAGAGAAAUUACAGAAACUGAUACUCGAGCUUUGGCAAAAGAGAGACAAAAAAAGGACAAUCACAACCUCAUUGAAAGAAGAAGAAGGUAUAAUAUUAAUUACCGAAUCAAGGAGCUUGGCACUCUUAUUCCAAAGUCUAAUGAUCCUGAUAUGCGUUGGAACAAAGGAACCAUUCUAAAAGCAUCAGUGGAGUACAUCAAGUGGCUACAAAAAGAACAACAGAGAGCUCGAGAAUUAGAACACAGACAGAAGAAAUUAGAGCAGGCUAACAGGCGGCUUAUACUCCGGAUUCAGGAACUAGAAAUACAGGCUCGUGCUCAUGGUCUGCCAACCGUGGCUUCACUCGGCACAGUUGAUUUAGGUGCUCACGUCACUAAACCACAGACUCAUCUUGAACAGAAUUCAGUAGACUAUUCCCAGCAAUUGACUCUGUCUCAGGGGACAAGCCCUGAGCUCUGUGAUCAAGCUAUGGCCUUCUCUGAUCCUUUGUCACAUUUCACAGAUUUAUCAUUUAGUGCCGCUUUGAAAGAGGAACAAAGAUUGGGUGACAUGCUACUGGAUGACACAAUAUCUCCGUUUGGAACCGAUCCUCUGCUGUCUGCCACUUCCCCUGCAGUUUCCAAAGAGAGCAGUAGGAGAAGUAGUUUUAGCUCAGAUGAUGGGGAUGACUUAUAAAAAAUAAACAGGCUCAAUUCAUCAACCGGGAAGCAAUUCUAUGCUGGUGCUAUGCAUUUCUGUCCUGUGUUUUAUAUAUUGCCUUGGCUUAAUUUUUCUGAAAGGAGUAUAUUGUUCAUAAAAAACUGAUUAGAAACAACAGAAGAAUUCACAGGAAGAAGAAACAUGGUGUUGAAGAAAUAUUGAGGGCUAAAAGAGAUUUUUUCCUCUUUGACUACGGAGUCCAAAUCUACUUAAAUUUUGUUUUCCUGGAAAGAGGUACAACAUAAGGAAUAGCUCUCUACUGAUGUUGUAAAAGAUGUACUAUUGGAAUUAACAGACUGAAAAGAGUAAACCUACCGAAAUAUACAAAUUUUUUCUAAGUUGUUCACUUUCAUCUCCUUCCUCUUGAACUCGUACAACAUUAGUUUUCAAGAAUCAAGAUCAACAAAUCUGGUGGUUCAUUGCCUUUUUCCACUGUCUGGUGGACAUUGUCUAAAGUUCAAGCCUUAUAUGGGAAAUAAUUAAAGGAUAGAUUAUCUGUCACUUGUAAUUGAAAAGUAAGUCUACAAUAAACAUUAGAAUUUUUCACAAUAAAAUAUAGAAAAUUUAUAAAAAUUUUAGUUUCUAAAAUUAGACCCUAAUUCCCUUAGUCAGUUCAAUUACACUAAUUCUAAAAGCAUCUUUGCAUAUUCAUGGAGACAUGCUCUGUUUAGAAAAAGGAGCACAUUGAAUAAUUUCCUCAAGA